AUGCCCUCUGCCAAAUCUUCCUUGCUUUAUGCUGGCGCUGCGGGAGGAUCAUCUCAAGCUCAGCCGAACGACACUGGUUUUCGUGGCAUUUGUCACUAUUGCCACAAACCUGGACAUUGCAAGAAGAAGAAAGCUGAUCGUGCUAAAGCUGCCAAGAACAAAGACAAAGGAAACAAAGACAAGGGCUCUGGGACUCCUCGUAAGCUCUUGAUGGCUCUCUCUGCAAGCAGCAGCCACCAGCCCGUGCUCGGACCAGAGCUGUGGCUGGAUUCUGGAGCGUCAUUCCAUAUGACGCCCAUGGCUUCCUUGUUUUUUGACUACCAAGAACCGUGUGAGAGUGACGCCGUGGGACUCGGUGACUCCUCUGCUCACGACGUACUAGGCAAAGGAACAAUCAGCGUUCAGCUCUCUUCUGGAGAAAUCCGGGAGAUCUAUCCUGUGUCUUAUGUUCUGGGACUUACACACACGCUGCUGUCGAUUGGAACUGCUGCUCAAGUAGGCUUCGAUACUCUCUUCACAGCACAGGGAGCGUUCGUGCUGGAUGCCGAGACUGGAGACAAGGUUGCUUUUGGAGUUCCAGUUGAUACGCUCUACCGCCUGGAUGCUCACAUUUCUCAUUCUCAAGCAAGUUCUGUUCUUGAGUUGGUACACUCGGACGUUUGUUCGAUUAUGGUUGAAUCUUUGGGAGGCAAACGUUACGUAGUCACCUUCCUGGAUGAUUACACGCGGUACCUGAUCGUGUACCUGCUGGCUCACAAGUCAGAGGUGUUCUCCUGCUUCAGCCAAUACAAGGCUUUGGUAGAAAAUUUACACGGCUGUUUAGUUCGUGUGCUCCACUGCGAUCAUGGAAGAGAAUUCGUCUCUGGAGAAUUUGAGACGUUUUGUGCUGAAGCUGGGAUCCAGCGCCAGUAUGCUGUCCCUGAUGCACAUGCCCAGAAUGGUGCUGCUGUGAGGGUGAAUCGCACCAUCAGAGAAGCUGCACGCUGUAUGCUGCUUCACGCAGGAAUGCCAGCUGCUUUCUGGGGUGAGGCAGUUAACACGGCUGUUUAUGUUUGA